AUGAGAACCAUCUUCGAGCCGGACGACGCCGACCACGCGAAGACCUUUUCCACUGAGCAAUAUAGGGCUGUGUGUCGAACUUGGAACGAUGGAGAACAUAUCAAGAUUGCCGAGGAAGAGCCCCUACCCAUGAAAUAUAUAAAUGAGUACGGGAAAGGGUCCUACGGCAGUGUGACAAGGGACCAACACACUUUCACAGAUGCAUUCUACGCCUGCAAGGAACAAAUCUCCGUCGAAGCAAGAGCCCAUCUACUGCGAGGAAUCGCAAGGCUCAAGAAACUUGGACACAGGCAUAUUGUGCAACUCGUCAAGUCCUACCAGCGCGGAAAUCGCUACGGGAUCCUCCUGAAGCCUGCCGCAACCACUGAUCUCAAGAAGCUCCUCGACAGAUACCGCAGAAACGGCCUCGAUUACGACAAGGAUAGUCGAGACCGUCGGAGAGAUCGCGUUGUCCUUAAGCUUGUUCUAUUGACGAAAGCCCCAGGGCCAAACCCAGCACGAUUUCUGUGGGCGGACUUCGGCCUUGCUCACGACUUCGGCGACUCGGGGAACAGCAAGACGACGAGCAAGUCCCGCCAUCGUUAUUCGCCACGUUACGCUACUCCAGUGAUCAUGGAGGAGUUUGAGGCCCGCAAAGCAAGAGGCGAGAUCGAACACGAGGACUGGGGUGAUGACGAAGAUGAAGAUGCACCGGCGCAAUCCAUCGGUGGUCUGGUAACGCUAUCGGCCAUGGACGGAAUUCUGACAUCUACUCCUUCGGUAUUCUACCUGAUCGCCGAAGGAUCGGAGGCCUCUGUCCCAAGCGACUUUGAGAGUUGCAUGCCGUUUUGGAAGAACACCGAAGGCGUACAAGCAUGGGCCAAAAAGCAGAUCCAAAGAUUGACACGGAAAGACCCGUUGGUAUUCCUUUUCCGGCUCAGCUCAAAGAUGAUCGCACGCAGGCCCGGAGAUCGGCCUAUCAUUUCCGACGUCGUCCGAGGCCUGACGGAGGCACAUCAGCAGUACUUUUGCACCGCUUGCCUCCAACAGCCCGAGGAGCCUACGUCACAAGCGGUCAUUGCCGAGGAACAGAUGGUCGAAGGGCUGGAGAAGGCAAAAUUCCUCUCUCAAAGCAAACACCGUGCCAAUGGUCAAGAUCAUGGGAGUGUACAUGAGGUGGUUGCAGAAGCGCCGCCUCCUGCCGAAGAGCUGCAAGAUCUUGUCCGCCGUCCUAGGCCGUCCGUUCAGGGGGAAAGAACCAAGCGGGAAGAGAUGGUCGAUGCGGAGCCCAGCUCGGUGGAAUGA